AAGACUCCGCGACGGGUUCGGGAAGCCCUGGCCACCGCGCGCCACCCCGUGCGCCACUCUUGGCACGAUGGAGGAGGGCCUCGCCGAGCCGCUGCCGAUAGUUCCACCGGAGGAGGCUCAAAUCGCAGCCGCCUUCUUCGGGCCCCGCUGGCACGCGCGGGUGCCGACGCCAGAAGCACCUGCAUGCUCCGAGACGGAUGGGCGUGGCGGCCCAAGCCUCGCGGCUGGCAAGAGUUGCAAGGUCAACGCAGCUGGUCUUGGCGUGAAUGUGUGCGAUGCGCUGUCAGCUCCCUCCCACGAGGACGAGGACCAGCUUCAGACUGCGCGCGACGAUGGCGCGAGCGAGAAGUUCUACUGCCAGUUCGCCCCGGAAGAGUCGACUCGUCCACGGGCAUGCACCGUCAACCUGGGCAUCGCGCCGCCUUGGGGAACGCAGGCGCAGCGCGCGCCAGCCAACGACUUCGCAUGCUUCUACGGCCCGCCCCAAAGAGCUAGCAUGGCCGACUGCCCGAAGGAUUUCCGCAGGGAGCUGAAAAACUGCGCCACCGGGGGUCAGGUAAGCGACGCAGAAAAACGGGGUCGCUUUCACCGACACUGGCGCGCAAGCGCCCUACGUAAGGUCGCGCGCAACUGAGUGCCCUCUUCUCCGCUGUGGCGUGCCGCGCUGGCGGCCCGCACAAGCCACCGCGUAAGUUGAAGUCGGGCCUGUCACUCUACAGGGGGAAUCUUCA